AUGUCUGCCUCAUUACCAGGGAAUCGAGAUCUUCCAGCAUCUCAAUAUGACCUCUCAACAUAUUGGGGCCGUGUAAUGCAGUCGGCACAGAUAGCAGAUCCGAGGACACUAUUUGUUUCCUCCUCUGGCCUCGAAAAUGCAAAGCGACUGGUGACAUCUUAUAAGACCGGGGAAGCAAGGGUCAUGACGCCGGAGAUAUGGCAAGCCAAAAAGAUUGUGGAUUCAACACUCCAUCCAGAUACUGGCAAACCUGUCUUCCUCCCAUUCCGCAUGUCCUGCUUCGUGAUCUCUAAUCUGGUUGUCACCGCUGGUAUGCUCACACCCAAUCUGAGCAAUACUGGCACAGUAGCCUGGCAAAUCAUAAAUCAAUCACUCAAUGUCGCUAUCAAUUCGGCCAACGCAAACAAAUCUUCACCACUUAGUACAUCCACGUUGGUCAAAUCCUAUCUGAUGGCAGUCUCUGCCUCUUGCUCUGUCGCUGUCGGAUUGAACUCGCUCGUCCCGCGGUUGAAACGCCUCUCCCCAAACACCAGACUUAUCCUAGGCCGCCUCGUUCCCUUCGCAGCCGUGGCCAGCGCAGGUGCGUUGAACGUCUUUCUCAUGCGCUCUGAAGAAAUCCGCCGCGGGAUCGACAUCUUCCCCGUGCAGUCCGAGGAAGAAAAAGCCGAACGCGAGAAGACAGGCAAAGAAGUCGCGCCCUUAGGCAAAUCUCGCAAAGCCGCCAUCCUCGCCGUAGGCGAAACAGCGAUCUCCCGCGUCCUAAACGCCACUCCGAUAAUGGUCAUUCCUCCGCUCAUAUUGGUCCGACUUCAGAAAACAGAGUGGCUGAAGUCCCGGCCUCGGAUGGUUUUGCCCGUGAAUUUGGGCUUGAUUCUGACGACCAGUAUCUUCGCCCUGCCGUUGGCGUUGGCGGCGUUUCCGCAGCGGCAGGCUGUUAGUGCGAGGAGCUUGGAGGAAGAGUUCUGGGACAGGGGCGGCGAAGGGGGCUUGGUGGAGUUCAACCGCGGGAUAUGA